AUGGCAGCCGACAAGAAGAACACAUCACCUGCCAGGUCUACAUCUACAGUGAGUAGGUCGAAAAAGAGAGCGGCAAUUGCGAAAGAAAAGAAGUCAAAAUUAACGAAAUCUCCCUCGAAAGCUAAGAAGGCAAACAAAUCGCCGACGAAGAAGCCCAAAGCACCGAAACCAAAAACGGUCAAAUCAGUAACGGCUCCGAAGAAAGUAACGUCUCCCAAAAAGAAAAAAAGAAACACCGCUGUACAGUCCGGUUCCUUGAUUCAGACCAAAGGAAAAGGAGCGUCUGGUUCUUUCAAAUUGGCCGCUGGCGGUUCUACAACAAACGCGUCGAAGAAAGUUGCGAAAAAAUUGGUCAAGUCGGCCGAUGGAGCAAAUAAGAAUGCAUCACCUACAAUGGCAGCCGACAAGAAGAACACAUCACCUGCCAGGUCUACAUCUACAGUGAGUAGGUCGAAAAAGAGAGCGGCAAUUGCGAAAGAAAAGAAGUCAAAAUUAACGAAAUCUCCCUCGAUAGCUAAGAAGGCAAACAAAUCGCCGACGAAGAAGCCCAAAGCACCGAAACCAAAAACGGUCAAAUCAGUAACGGCUCCGAAGAAAGUAACGUCUCCCAAAAAGAAAAAGUGA